GUAUUAAACACAAAAUGAAUUUUUCAAUAGGUUAAUUUUAAUUUGGAUUCUUUGGAAAGUUGUAAAAACUGAAUUAAUUAUUAUAAGUAAAAGUAAUUAGAUCUUUCUCCUCGAAUCUAAGAAUUAGUAAAAUUAUGGCAGCCAGAAAAAAACUACAGCUACCCAAAUCGGUUUUGGAUAUGAAAUUUAUGAAGAAAACAAAGGAAAGGCUUGAAAAAGAAUUGGAAAACACUCUUGGCCAUGAGGAUUUGUACUCGAAUAUAAUUACUAAUGAAAUGCGGCAUGCUACUGGAAAUUUUAUUUCUGAAUCAAGUUUUAUUUUUUGCGAGGACCUGAUAGAAGGUAGACUAUCUUUCAAAGGCAUGAACCCUGAAAUAGAGAGGUUAAUGGAAUCUGAAAAUAAACAGAAUGAUUGCGAAGGUGAAAUGCAAAAGGACAUUUCUGACGAGAUUUUGGCUAAAAAGAUGAACAGUUUCAACAAAAGAAAAAGACCAUCAAGUCCAAGCAAAUAUAAUGUACCUAAGAAAAGGAAAUGAAAUGAAAUGAAAUAAGAUAAGAAAAUAAAAUGUGAUAACAAAUGUACAGCUUAAAUUAAUACAUAGAAUAUUAAUGUUUGAAAAUUUAA